AUGAAGUCAGGUGAGCUCUAUAAAUCAGGAGAGUUACUUGCUUACACUCCUGCGCUUCCUAUGCCUCCACCACCAGAUAAAGAGGUUGUCGUAGUAGUAGAUGAAACACAUAAACAAGCUGAUGAUGAUAAAAGAGAUAGCUAUGAUGAGAAAGAACUUCCUGCUGUUUCUUGGAAAACUCCUACAACUUCAUACCGUUCUACCCGAAAUUCAAACAGCGCAGUCCUUCUCUUUCCCAAUGUAAAAAUUCAAUUCCCUUGA